AUGUUCCAGCGCCUCACCAGCCUGUUCUUCAGCGACCCCCCGCCCCCCGAGGACCUCGACUGCCCCCGAGCCUUCGUCUCGGAGGAGGAUGAAGUGGACGGCUGGCUCAUCAUUGACCUGCCUGACAGCUACGCGGCUCCGCCCAGCCCCGGGGCCGCCGCCCCGGCCGGCCGCCCCCCGCCCGCACCCUCCUUGAUGGACGAGAGCUGGUUCGUCACCCCUCCCGCCUGUUUCACGGCAGAAGGGCCCGGCCUGGGGCCCGCCCUGCUCCAGAGCAGCCCCCUGGAGGACCUGCUCAUCGAGCACCCCAGCAUGUCCGUCUACGUCACCGGCAGCACCAUCGUGCUGGAGCCCGCGCCCCCUUCCCCGCGCCCCGACGCCGGCCUGCCCGACGCCGACCUCAGCGAGGGGGAGCCGGCGCCCGUCCGCCGCGAGCCCCGCGCGCCGCCGCCGCACGCAGCCGCCCCCCCGCCGGCGCGGGCCGCGCUGCAGGAGCGGGCGGGCCCGGCGCGGCGGCUGCAGCGGGCCCGGCAGCGGGCGGAGCGCCACGCGCUGAGCGCCAAGGUGAUGCAGCGGCAGAACCGCGCCCGCGAGAGCCACCCGCGGCGGCCCAAGCACCAGGGCAGCUUCAUCUACCAGCCGUGCCAGCGCCAGUUCAACUACUGA